GAGGACCUGGCCCAGAGAGUCCCUGGAAAGCCUUCCUCCUGCUCCAGCCCCCCCUGGUGCGGAUGUGCCGCUGCCCACUGGAGCGCCAUGAAGGCAGGAUGACCUCAGCCGAAGCAGUGGCUGUGGCUGGAAGUGCCCGGGAGCAUGGCCGCCCCAGGUGGCCUCCUGACAACCGUCUGGUCCUUGGGAAGCCUGCUACCGCCAGAGUGGUUGUGGCAGCACUGGUGUGGCUGUUGGCAGGAGCCAGCAUGUCAAGCCUCAACAAGUGGAUCUUCACAGUGCAUGGCUUUGGACGGCCCCUGCUGCUUUCAGCACUGCACAUGCUGGCAGCCGCCCUGGCAUGCCACUGGGGGGCCCAGAGACCCAUGCCCCGCACCAUCCAACGAAGAGUACUGCUGCUCAGCCUCACCUUUGGUACCUCCAUGGCCUGUGGAAAUGUGGGCCUGAGCACUGUACCCUUGGACCUAGCACAGCUGGCUACCACCACCACACCACUGUUCACACUGGCCUUGUCUGCGCUGCUCCUUGGCCGGAGACAUCAUCCUCUGCAGUUUGCUGCCAUGGGCCCCCUCUGCCUAGGGGCCGCCUGCAGCCUGGCUGGAGAGCUGCGGGCACCCCCAGCUGGCUGCGGCUUCUUGCUAGUGGCCACCUGUCUUCGAGGCUUCAAGUCCGUUCAACAGAGUGCUCUGCUGCAGGAAGCGAGGCUGGACGCCGUGACUCUGCUGUAUGCCACCUCUCUGCCCAGUCUCUGCCUGCUGGCGGGAGCAGCUCUGGUGCUGGAGGCUGGCUCGGCUCCGCCGCUGCCUCCCACUGACUCUCGCCUCUGGGCCUGUGUCCUGCUCAGCUGUUUUUUGUCGGUGGUCUACAACCUGGCCAGCUUCUCCUUGCUGGCACUCACAUCUGCUCUCACCGUCCACGUACUAGGCAACCUCACCGUUGUGGGCAACCUCAUCCUGUCGCGGCUCCUGUUCGGCAGUCACCUCAGCGCCCUCAGCUACUUCGGCAUUGCACUUACCCUUUCAGGAAUGUUUCUUUAUCACAACUGUGAGUUUGUGGCCUCCUGGGCUACCCGCCGGGGGUUGUGGAACCGGGACCAGCCUGGCAAAGGUCUUGAGAUUGAGGGGAGCUCAUGAGCAGUACCUGGAUAGCCCCAGCCUGGAUCUGAAUGGCCAUGAGGACCAUAGAGAGGCGCCAUGUCUGCCAGGCCAGGGAAAGGAGGUGCCUUCUGGAAGGGCUGCCUGGGAGGAGGCUAGGUCAGGGACCUCUGCCUGCCUCUGCCUGCCUCACCUGUCACAGCAAAGCCUGCCACUGGAUGGUGGGUCCAAGUCUGGCAUGCGUGCUUGUCAGAUGAGUCCAUUAUGACUAGUGUUAAAACUACUACAAUGAAGCUUGCUGGGCAAACUUAGAAAACCUCAGCGGG